CCGCUUUCAGCCAGGACACUUCCGACCCUCAUCCCACGAUCCUGUUGGUGUAUAGGUGCUGUGUUUCUGUCUGUGAGCGUGUGUUCUGUGUGUGUGUGGUGUGUGUAACACUUACUAGAUUCUAACGGGGCCAGAGUUUCCCCAGAGUGAAACCCCUGAGGCAUCUUUGAAUGUGGGGGUGGAGUGACAGGUCAGAGCUCCAGGGCUAAGCGCUUGCGCAUGAAAGCACACAUACAUACACACUCGUGCACACGCACACACUGCACACACGCACGCAGGCAGGCACACAUUCACCAACAAAAAUAAUAAGAAUGGUGGUGUGGCAUCUAGUCAUCAUAAUGCCAGUCCAGGUCCCCAUUCCCCAAUAACCAUAUGAACAUAUUCUUCCCCCAUUAUGGGGAGUGGGAUGAAGGGGCGGGGCAGAAGUAACCUUUAAUCCCUCUGGCAUCUUCUCAGUUCAAAACGACCACAUUCAUAGCCCUUGCACUUAGGGAAUUUAGGAUCUAGUUGGAUAUUUAAGACCAAAAGAUGUUUCACUUAAUGGCUUUUCUUAUGGGCCCAUUCUUAUCCUUUCCCCCAGUAAAUGCUGAAAGGGAAGGGGAGGAAUCAAGAUUCUCUCGUGGAGGAGGUGAGGCUAGAUCUUGUGGAAAGAUGUCUUAAGUUUUAGAUGGACUGAGAAAGGGGAGCUUGCUAGAUGUAGGGAAGAUCUGAAGGGAGGAAUACAGGUGGAUUGGGAGGUCUUGAGGAACUAGAGAAAAGUUCACAUUCUGUGGUAGUUUCCUCAGGGAAGGAUGACAGAACAGUAAUUUGGGUGUGGGGGUCUGAAAAUAGGAUGGGUCUUUUUUGUGGGGAAUAACAGCUCUUGCUUUUUUUUUUUUUUUUAAGUUUGAGGGUACAGUUGGAGAGUAAAAGCUGACAUUAAAUCUAAUAUCCUAUCCUAUCUGUUGGCUUUGUUGGUGGCUUGGUUGGUGGCCUGCACCUUGGCAGGACAGAAAGAAGGGGUCGGCUCUAAGGAAGGAUGUGGUCCAAUCAGAGAAACAAACUCAGAAAGGCCAUCCAAUUUUCCCAGUCCACUGACCUAUAUGUUAAAGGACAGGGGUCAGAACUUGUGGUAAUGACUCAAGACGCAUCUACCGACAGAGAUUUCCCUCUGAGUGGUUGUUCAGCAAGUGACAGCAGCAUCAUGGUGAAGAUCAAAUGGGAGAAGCAGGAGUGGCUUCCCCAGGCCCUGGAGGCUCCUGCGAUUCUGCCAGAGAAGGACAAGGAGAAUAUCUUCCAGCAUGCUCUGAGUCAUCCACUUCGCCAGGCUUUGGGGAAGUCUCGAACCCCAGGAGGGUGGGAGGAGGCCCAAGGCCCUGGCCGAAUUCCCAGUGCUCAGUGGUUGGGAGGGUCAACCGGCCGUGGGUCCACAGCAGCCCCCACACCUCUUGGCCCACAGUUUCCAGUAGGGGAGGGACACUUUACAUGUCCAGACUGUGGGAAGAGAUUUAGUUGGUGGUCUUCACUCAAUAUCCACCAACGCACUCACACAGGAGAGAAGCCUUAUCACUGCGGCAAGUGUGGCAAGAGCUUCAGCCAGAAGCCAAACCUAGUUCGGCACCAAAGACACCACACGGGUGAGCGUCCCUUCCACUGCUCUGAGUGCGAGAGGCGCUUUAGCCAGAAGCAACAUCUGCUCAAACACCAGAAGACACACUCCCGCCCCGCAGUUCACUCCUGCUCUGAGUGUGAACGACGCUUCCGCCACAAAGUUGCCCUGCGUGUCCACCAGAGGACCCAUGCCCGUGACCGUCAGCUGGCCCACGCUGAGCUGCAGAAGCUGCUAAGAGACAAGAUUACCCGGAAGUCCCGCCAGCCUCCAUCAGCAUCACAAGAACUGCCAGGGUGUCCCUGGGUGGAAGCUGGUGGAGAGUGGAGGCCGGGACCAUCUGCUAAGGCUCGGACCUCUGCUGCUGGGUCCGGGGAGCAGCGCCAGUUCAUCUGUAAUGAGUGUGGGAAGAGUUUCACGUGGUGGUCAUCCCUGAACAUUCACCAACGGAUCCAUACAGGGGAGCAGCCCUAUGCUUGCCCAGAGUGUGGGCGGCGCUUCAGCCAGAAGCCCAAUCUGACUCGACACCUCCGUAACCACACGGGCGAACGACCCCACCUGUGCCCUGAUUGCGGCCGGGGCUUUCGUCAGAAGCAGCAUCUGCUCAAACACCAGCGCACACACCGAGUUGGGGAGAAGGCUUCGCUGUGCCCUGGCUGUGGGGAGAGCUGCCCCAGCCGGGCAGCCCUGCGAGCCCACCAGAGGGCCCAUGCUGCCUCCAAGCUGCUCCACGGGGCAGCCCUCCGGGGCCGGAUGGUGGUGGCCGUGGCCAGUGGGGAACCGGGGUCAGCCUUAAUGCCGGCUUCGGAGUAUGCCCUGGGCUUCCCUCUGCAGCUGCCGCCGGCUUCCCAGGCCCUGCAAGGGAAUGAGCUUGUCUUGCUGGACGGAGAGCCGCGCUGGGGCCAGGGCCCAGUAGGCAUGUCCCAGGCAGCAGGAGGAGCCCCUUCAUCCGGCACUGCUGAGCAGCGUCAGUUCAUCUGCAACGAGUGUGGCAAGAGCUUCACCUGGUGGUCUGCGCUCACCAUCCACCAGCGGAUUCACACGGGGGAGCGGCCCUACCCUUGCCCAGAUUGUGGGCGGCGCUUCAGCCAAAAGCCCAACUUGACUCGGCACCAGCGGAACCACACAGGCGAGCGGCCUUAUCUAUGUGCUGAUUGUGGCAAGGGCUUCAGCCAGAAGCAGCACUUGCUUAAACACCAGCGUGUCCAUAGAGCAAGGGGCCAGGUGGUGCUUGCUGCUGCUCACAGCAUCAAGGAGGAACCCUAACGGAUGGGGCUGAGACUCAGGAAGUCUCCGUACCUGGGGAUUGUGUGCAUGUGUGUGAUGGGGAGGGUGGGGGAUGGGCAGGGGUUAUAGUUGACCUACUUGCUUGGACAGAAGACCCUUGAGAGCAGUAACUUUCCUGGGGAGGUUUCUUCCCGACCCUAACUCAAGAGGCAGAGGCUUUUCUUCAAGGCUUAGAAACUUAUCCUCUGAACAGGUUGUGGAUGAGUUCUGAAUGACCUGGUAACUUGAGUACAGUGGGGUUGGGUUAGGCCAGGUAAUUAACUCCAGUGACUUCUCCCUGUUUCUGUUCCCAUCCUUUUUUUUUUUCCAGGGGACACACAGUGACUCUAGAUGGGGGUAGCAUCCUAGGGAGGAACAUUCACAAAUACUUGUAGAAAUUCAAAGGCAUGGGAAGCCUAGGAGGAAGGCCAAAUUGGUUUUAGCCAGGUACUAAUAUGAACUAUCCUGGUCUAUACUGGCCCAGAGAAUAGGUACUCCAAAGAGAAGGAGUCUCCAAAGCUUCACUAAGAUGCAUCAUUAAUAUUGGAAGUCAGAAGUCUUCUAAUGAUACAGAUGGGAAGAAGGAGCUGUCCUAGCCUGUCCCGCAUGGACCUGUUGGGAGGCCUGGUCCAAGAGCAGUGAGGAGGUGCCUGAUUGGGGUUUGAUACUAUAGAGCAGGGGUCCUCAAACUUUUAAAAUAGGGGGCCAGUUCACUGUCCCUCAGACUGUUGGAGGGCCGGACUAUAGUAAAAACAAAAACUUUGUUUUGUGGGCCUUUAAAUAAACUUCAUAAUCCUCAGCUGCUGCAUCUGGCCCACAGGCCAUAGUUUGAGGACCCCAGAUAUAGAGGUUCCAGAAGAAUAGCAAUGUCACAUGUCAUUUAGAGAACAAAAUGGUACCCAAGGGAGGGUGAAGAUAAUUUACUUGGUUCUUUAUCAAGAAUGUUUCAGAACAGAAUAAUGAAGGAUUGAAUACUUCAAAUGGUCUGAGUGCUCAUUUCCUUUUCUCUCCCUUACCUCUACUUGCUAAAUCUCCAGGACUCCUGACCUUAUUUGUUUUCUUCCAAGAAGGCCCCCUCAAGAAAAUUCUCUUUUUUUUCUGCAUAUCAUACAUAUGCUCAGUGGGAAGCAAUAAUCCCUCUUCCUCCUUAUUCCUGGAGAAAGAGACUAAAAAACCAGUUUACUCAACCAUCUCAAGUCAAAGGCUGAAGAUGCUGAGAUAUACUGAGAUAUGGUUGAGAUGUGCUUUGAUUUAGUGGCUGUCAGGCAGUGAGGGGGCAAUCUAGGGGAAAGUAGGUGAUUGGGGUUGGGUGUUAGUGGAAUUCUUAAUGGUCCUUGCCACUAUUUGGGAUUGGGAGUGGAGUAGGGGUGGGGGUUAGCAUUAGGUUGAUAGAGAUUGUUGGUACAACUUGCCCUAAGGAAAAGUGCAUGAUCUUAUGUUGUUGUUGUUGUUUUUUGGGGGGGUAGGGAGUUGGCCAUAAAUGGGUGGGACCUGUGGCUUCAUUUUUAUACUAAACUCCACAAUAUGGAACAAUUUUCCACUGAUAUAGAUUAAUAACUCAUCUGUAAUGUAGUAUCUUGAGGAUUUGCCUGAGCACCAAAAGAUUAAAUGACUUGCCCUGCAUCCAACAGCCAUUAUGGACAAAAGCAAGAUUUAAACUAAUUUCCUAGCUCCAAAGUUUGUCUUCUAUCCACUAGACUGUGAUGCUCUUUAAUUAUGAUAAUCUUUUACUAGUCAUUUUCUCAUUUCUCUUUUUAAAUCAAGCUUGAUUAUUGGCAAGCAUUCUCACGAGAAAAUGUGACCUUUCAUAUUGACCUCUGGCCCCAAGAAUUCCACAAUCCCAAACACUUUGGCAUAUUGCAGAUCUACUUCAGAGAGGAUCUAGUUAUGUUCUUGUCAUGAUGGGUGCUUGUCAGUUGGGCGGCUGGUACAUUAUACAGGAAUUGGUGAGGGCCACUGGCUGCUGCUCAAUCUGGCAUAUAGUGAUUCCUCAGGGUGAGUUCUCACUGCUUCUGACUGGCCAGAGCUGUGGUAAGUAGGUGUCACAAAGGACAAAACUAAAGUGUUGGAGUCAUUAGGUUCUAUUAAGCAGUUUUAUUUGCUAAAACCUCACAGGUAUCAGUCCAAGAUGAGAAAGAUUCAUUAUUGGCUUCAUAGGGUGUUCCAUGUAGGGAGCGAGGCAGUGGUAGCAGAACAGAUUGAGAAGAAUUUUUCCUUGCUGAAAUAUAGCAAAUGUUUUGUCAGUCAGGUAUUGACCCAUUUCUAAUGACAAUUUUUUGUUUUUUUAAAGGGUGAAGUAGAUUACAGUGGUCAUGAUAGCUGGGCAUGGUGGUUCUUGAUCCUUUGGUUACUUUGAUCUGCCUGGACAAAGUCAAUCUUCUGGUACUUCUGGUUCUAUGUCUAGGAACAAUUGGGCCUUGUUUAACUUGAAAUUCACCUAGUCACAGUAACCUCAUAAUGGAUCAGUUGUGUUCCUACACUUCUUGUUUCUGUCUCUUGACAUGAGCAUGUUAACAAGCCGUACAAAUGGAAUAAGUUUUUCCUUUGGAAUACUCUUAAAUAUUUAGGGCAGGAAGUCUUAACCUAUGGAAUAAUAUUUAUAAAUGCCUACAUUAAAAUAGAUUGUAGAAGAAAAUAGUUAUAUUAAAAUGUAGUUGUGACCAGAAACAAAAACAACACAACAACAACAAAAAAAAAACCUUCAUAUAUGUAAAGGUUGAGAACCUCUGGGACUAGGGAAAACACAUUGCUCUAUUUCUCCAGUAUCAUAUCCCUGAACAGAAUUCUCUGAUCUGGGUUAGGGCAUUGCUUCUCCUUGAGAUUUGGAAUCUUACCUUCAGAACUUUAUUCAUACCUACUUUUCAGAUUCUCAGUAAAACUCCUUCAAGCAUGGUUCUCAUACCAGAGGACAGCCAUGAAAAUGUUCAUAGGAAAGUCUUUCAUUUUCUCUUCACAAGCUCCCUGUGAGGAAAAUAAGAGUAAUUAUUUCCAUUGAGGAUCAGAGAAAUGGGUAUUCUGCGUCACAAAAUGACCAUGUGUGAUUGUUAGUGAUGGUAGCCUCCUACCUUCUCUAACUGGGAGACAAGGCUGGGAUGCUCUUGAUUCAGAAAAUAAUAGAAUUGAAUGCUAAGCAGUCUGGGGUUUUAGAUCCAUGAGGGCUGGACACUUCACAUAAGGGGCAGAAUCUGAGCUGGAAUUUGAAGAAUGGAUAGGUUUUGGACAGAGUAGACUAGACUAAAUAAAGGGAUGAGGACAUAAUGCCCGAGUUGUUUGGGAAGUCAGUGAAUCACAGAAUUAUAGAUGCUUGAAAUUGGCGGGAACCUUAGAGGUUAUUUAUUGCCUUCACAUGAAUCCCCGUUUUGCUGCUCUUGGUUGCUCAGACUUCUAGUUGCAGAAAAUUCAUGUCUCCUAGCGCUGGCUCUGUUUCUUACAUGACAGCUCUUCAGAUAACUGAAGGUUGUGACUGUGUUCCCUCUUCAAUUAUUUUGGUUCCUUGAACCUGUAUAUCCUAUAGUUUCAAGGCAUUCUGGUCACCAAACUCCAUAGAACCCAAUUUUUAAAAUGUUCUUUUUAAAAUGUGCUCAGCAUUAAAACACAAUUCUCUAGCUCCAAAUAGUCUUUCUUAUUUUGAAUCAUAUGGGUUCAUUCAGAAAAUACAGGCCAGUCUAACUGACUUUAUUCUUUUUGAUAGGUUUUGACAGUAGAAAAAGUAUCUGCCAAACCAACCAACCAACCAAGUACUAGGUUAAAUAUAUCAAAUUGUAUGUUUUUAUAUUUUAUAUUUGAUAAGGAAGUCUGUUCCAGGGGUAGUGAGCAAAGAAGGAGCACUGACUCUCAGCAAAGCAGGCAAGCUUCAUGGAGGAGAUGAGAUUUCAGAGGGUUUUUUUUUUUUUUUUGCUUAUUUUUUUAAUCAAAAGUAGUUUUGCAGAAUAGAUGAUUUUAAGCUGUUUGUCAAAGGGUCUACUCCACCCCUCCUACCCCACCCCACACUCCUGCUAAUUUUUACACGACAGGCCCCUGUAUUUAUCUACCAUCAAUGGAAAACAGGAUUAAGAUCUCCAAUACUUUAGAAAAAUAAGAGAAGUGCUAUAAAUUGUUGGCUGCCAUGGUGAUGCCAGUCACCAUGAAAACCAACAUUGGGGUGAUACUUGGCAACAGAAGCAUUCAUAUUCAGUGGGAAGGUCUGGUAGAAUACUUGGCAUUCAUAAUGAUUUUGACAUGGAGCAGAGAAGGGGUCCCAUUGAGACUUGGCAGGAUGGAAUUAGGCAAGCUCUUUUAAGAGCGCAUCCUUCUUGAAUAUUGAGUUCACUAAAGAUAAAAGUCCUCAUGUUGUUUAAGGAGGGAGGAUUGGAAAAACAAAAUUGUAUCAAAAAUGUCCCAUAGAACUGGGACAGAAAAGAAAGUACUGAAUUAUAUUGCUCAGAAGACUUAGGUUUGGGUUUUGGGAUUGGUAGUGAGGGGGAUUGGUACUGGGAAUGUCCUGGAAUGAUUUGCUACCAGUGGAAAUUUGGGUAUCUCGUAUCCUCAUCUUCCACUUUCUCAUAUUCUCCUCAUCCAAGGAUGCUGGUAGGAUCACUUCUGCUGAGGAAGUUGGGAGGAUGAUAGACACCUCUUCCCUCUGACAGCCAAAGAGAAGUAGCUGUCAAAGGAGCAAAUGGCAAAAGCGAGGAGCUGAAUAGACUUAUGCUUAUGGAAGAUUGCAGUGGUAUCAAACUCAAAUAGAAACACACUGAAGGUGGUAUAUUGACUCAGAAAACCACAAAUUACCAUUACCCAUGUUUUAUAUUUGUAUUUAUUUCGCUAAAUAUUUCCAGAUUACAAUUUAAUCUGGUUCUGGAAGCAGUGUGUUGUUUGAUGCUUGUGACCGACUGGAUUCACUUAGACUUGACCCUGGAAGUUAGCUAACUCCAUGAGGGCUCGAGUGGGCAAUUUGAACUUCCUGUUGCCUCCAGCUCUGAAUGUGGUAUCCUGCACAUAGGAAGUCAUAGAGAUUUGUUUUCAUCACUGAGUCCCUCAGACAAAAUAUCCUAAGAGGUCUUUGGGAUUCACAAAAUUGAUAUCCAUAUCCCCUACUCUGCUAGGAUUAAUCGGGUAGUGAUUAUGUUUAUGGAUAAAGAGAAUGGAGGCUAGUUCUUAAGUAUAAAACAUGGGACUUAGAUUAGAUGCUUGCUAAGAUUCCAGCUCUGAUUCUCUGAUUCCUGGCUCUGUCUUCUGCUUGCUCUCCACUGACUCUGGUGUUUUCUUCUUUUGUAUAAUAUAAUGGUUCUCUGGGAACAGGUUUCUUGGGGAGGUUUCUGCAGGCAGCCUUAGUUUCAGUUCAAAGUAAUAAUCCCCUCAAAUGCAGCUAGCUGAUAAAAUCCAAACAUUUAUUUUCUUCUUCCAAGUCUUAUCUUUUUCCUUGGGCCCGGUUAGCUUUCUUAGAGGACUCUAUCCUUCCUUAGUUCCAAGAGCUCUUGCAGCUUGUCCUUUGUUGCCUCCAGCUCCCUCUGAAUCUUGAUUCUGAAUCUUCACAACUAUUGCCUCCACUCACUCCUGGCUCUCAAUCUCCCAGAGUGCUCUUUGGCUCUGAGAGCUUCUUGCUUAUAUGCUGUACAUUGAGUACGCAUCAAUCAUAUAUCACUGGGAAACCAUUAUUUGUUGUAGGAUUAAAUCAAUUUUAAACUAGAUUUAAACAUUGUCUCCUCAAUUCUACUUAGUACCUUGUUUCAAGUUCUGGCCCAUAACAUCUCCUUGUAGGAUCAGAUCAAUCCGACUGAACCAUGCUAAAUUAGAUAAUUAUUGUCUCUAUCAAUUCUAAUAACUUAACACUUUGUAAGGAUUCCAACAACUGACCAGUGUAUUCUGUCUCUCUCUAGGUCCUGAAAUGUUACCUGUCAGUAAGCUGUGACUCACUUUGUAUCAGCAAUUGAAUAUUGCAAGUUAGGGGCCUGAGCUGAACAGAUACCUUAUGUCAAUGCCAUGUUUCAUUGGCACCUAAGAUCUUAAAUGCUUCACUGUCUAGGGCGCUGAGAGCUUGUCAGGAUGAGUGUUCAGACAAAACCCUGCCUACAGUUUGGUAGAUGACCUCACACUGUUGCUGACACUAAAAAAGGAAAAAAAGGAUCACUUGUGGCCAGUGUAGUAUUGAGUACCUCAGAAUUUAGUUGGACUGAAAUUCAGAUUUCAGAAAUAGAGUCCAUCACUGGCCUUUCAGCCUUUCCUGCUUGGUAGUGUUUGCCAAAGCUUGUGCUUUACUGACAUGCUUUUUGAAAACUCAGGGACUACCUCCAAGUCACUGGGAAGUAUCAAAAUUGGACUUCUGUGAAACUCCGAUGUUCCCCUAUAAAACUUCCUACUAGACUAGUAUGCCUUGAGGACUAGCAAAGAUUACCCAUCUACAUUCACUCCCCCAGGACAAUUUCUUUCUCCUCAAUGUUUGUCUCUUGGAGACCCUUUAACUUCAGGCCCCAGACUCCCACAAAAGUGUGCUAGGUAGCUCCACCUUACUCUUGCUGAGAUCUCUGUCACCUGAUGAGCUGGGCACCAGGGGCUUUCUUAUUCAGCUUUGAAGGAAUCCAUGUUUAACUUGGGACUCCUUGAAACUGGUGGCCAUUUUUUUUUUCCUUUCAGCCAGAUAAUUUAUGGAAACACGUCAGGGUUAAACUCUACUGUGGAUCCCCAGGCAGAACAUCUGGUGCUUGCAGUGACCAUGCUGGGGGAGAUUCUGCUCCUGGUGACUGGGAUCUGGGUCUCCAAGAUGGGACCAGGCAGCCUGACUUAAAAGGCUGCUCUGCCCAUAAAGUCCCUACAAACUAUCCAAGCAAGAGAGAGUAACUAAGCCUCUUGUCCAUACUAUUCUUAGUUUGUCUUUCAGGAAUUAUCUUCUCUUUGAAGGCUUCCCUCAGUGUACAUCUUAACACAUGGUCUCCUACAUAAACAUGCUGGUAGAGAACAGAGAGGGAACACAGUAUGUUUUUUCCUAGGCCCACCCUCCACACCUUCAGCAAAGGUGCUGAGUGACAGGGUAGCUGCCUGGCUGAGCUAGGUCUAGAAUCCAGGACUUUCUUUCCUGCCCUCUUUCCAUCAAUUAUGAAGCUUCAAUGUUAUUAUCUCAAUAUUCCCUUCCCCCGACAAUCACCCAUCUCUCUUUUAUUUUUAGUAUAAACUAUUCUGAAAAGGGCUAAAAAUAUAGAUGACGUCCUUGGGUAUGCUGCUGUUUGUUCUUUUAAAAACCUUGUCAGUGAAGUGCCCUCCUUUUCACAGGAUGAGAGAUAUCAGAACUGGAAAUGAGCUUAGAGAUUAUCUGGUUCAACUCCCUCCUUGUAUCAGGUGAAAGAAUAGAGGUCCCCAAGAAGGAAAUCAAUUACCCAAGAUCUUCUAGAAAGUUCACAUCAGAGUGACUUCAGAAUCCGCAUUCCCCAGGCCCAAGGCUCCUUGUGCUAUAACUGUGGUUCUGAUUCCUGUCAAACCUUUUAACUGGAGAUGAAAGAUGUCAAUGGGCACCCCAUCUAUGCUUCAGCCUCUCCAGGUGCAAGAGAGGUUUUUGACUAGCCUUGUACCUUAACACAGAUCAGGAGGGAGGGCAUCCUCAUAAUCAGUGCUACACAGACCUACCUUAAAGGUCACUGACUUUAACCUCCUUCCUAAUGCUGAAAUUUCAUGUAUCAAGCCAGACAGCCUCUGCUUGCACACUUCAAAUGAUGGAGAACUUCCUCUCUCCAGAUGACCUAUUUUAGGUCAGCAAUGCUCUGGGAAGAAUGAUUUCAGAAAGACACCCUCCCUCGCCCCCUUUUAAAAUCCUCUUACUGAUUUUUGAGGUUCUAUAUUAGAGAUUCAAUCAUCAGGGUUAAGCUUUGCCCUUUCCUUGAAGAUAUCUUUUCAAAAUAAAAUACCCUGAAGGUCGGCAUUGGGGGAAGGACCACAAACUCCUAAGACUGAGUACUGAUUUUGUAAUCUAAGGGACUGGUUUCAAAUCCUGACUCUGCAAUUAUAGUGUGACCUUAGGCAAAUCAUUUACUCCUACGGGGCCUGUAAAGUGAGAUUCUGAAAUCCCACAUGGACACUCUCCAUCUAUGAAUGAACUUAGAAAAGGAAGGGAAGGGAACUCCAACAGAUAAUGGGAAUCACUGAAGAAGUCUUCAUGCUGAAGUUUGACAAUUUUGUUGUAGGCUAAUCCUGCUGGGUAUGGAUACACACACUCUACCCAUAUAAACACAUAUGGGUGUGUGUGUGUGUGUUUGUGUGUGAAUCCUAUGUAAAAUACAUGUGAAAUACAUGUAUAGGUUCUCUGCUCAGUGUGUAAACUUUAGAGAUGAUCCCUAAGGAGCUAGAAGGAAGGCAAGGAAAUAAUUUUUCCAUCAUGAGGAUCAUUCUUGAACAACUUAAGUGCCUGGGUCUCUCUCAGUUGUGCUACUGAGCUGAGAAGUCACAUUCAUUUGCAUUGGAAAGAGACUAUUGAUGAUAUUUUAACUCUAGUUUUUUUUUUUUUUUUCAUAAAUAUAACUCUUUAUUGACAGAACUCAUGCCAGGAUAAUUUUUUACAACAUUAUCCCUUGCACUCACUUCUGUUCCGACUUUUUCCCUCCCUCCCUCCACCCCUCCCCCAGAUGGCAAGCAGUCCUAUACAUGUUAAAUAUGUCACAGUAUAUCCUAGAUACAAUAUAUGUGUGCAGAACUGAACAGUUCUCUUGUUGCACAGGAAGAAUUGGAUUCAGAAGGUAGAAAUAACCCAGGAAGAAAAACAAAAAUGCAAAUAGUUUACACUCAUUUCUCAAUGUUCUUUCUUUGGGUGUAGCUGCUUCUGUCCAUCCUUGAUCAAUUGAAACUGAGUUAGAUCUCUUUGUCAAAGAAAUCAGAAUACAUCCUCAAACAGUAUCGUUGUUGAGGUAUAUAAUGAUCUCCUGGUUCUGCUCAUUUCACUUAGCAUCAGUUCAUGUAAGUCUCGCCAGUCCUCUCUGUAUUCAUCCUGCUGGUCAUUUCUUACAGAACAAUAAUAUUCCAUAACAUUCAUAUACCACAAUUUACCCAGCCAUUCUCCAAUUAAUGGGCAUCCAUUCAUUUUCCAGUUUCUGGCCACUACAAACAGGGCUGCCACAAACAUUUUGGCACAUACAGGUCCCUUUCCCUUCUUUAGUAUCUCUUUGGAGUAUAAGCCCAGUAGUAGCACUGCUGGAUCAAAGGGUAUGCACAGUUUGACAACUUUUUGAGCAUUGAACUCUAGUACUUAAACCCAAACAGGACUAGAUCAUGAAAGUCCAGUGUAGCUUUCCCAUUCUGUGAAUUUGUAUCAGGUUCCCUUUUCAGAUUUCCAUACUACCAAAGGGCACAAUAUCCAUAGCAUAAUUUACUGACUUGAAUCCAACAAUUUGACAAAAGUUAAUAAGCAUCAACAGUGUGCAGAGAACACCAUGCUAGGCCCUUGGCUUGAAGAUACCAAUUUAAACUCCAUGGAAUGUUGGUUCUGGGAGGGUAUUUCAGAACAGUUUAACUCCUUUGUUUCUUGAAUUAAAAGUGUUUUUAUUGAUA